GAGGGCGGCGGCGGUCCUGGACAGGGCCGAGCUCUGAGACCCGCAGCCGGGCGGCGGAAGGGCCGCUGCGGAGCCGCGCGAGCCGUUCGGACCGGACUGAGGAGCUCCGCACAGCGGCGCUGAGCUGCCGGUUCUAGAGGCUGCGUUGCCGGCCCGAGGCGACGUCGCGCCGAGGUCUCCAGCAUGACGGAGUUGAGGCAGAGGGUGGUCCGCGAGCCCGACGCACCUCCGGAGGACAAGGAGUCAGAAUCAGAAGCAAAGAUUGAUGGAGAGACCGCAUCGGACAGUGAGGGUCGAACAGAACCAGCUCCUCCACCAACCUCCAUAGAUGACACCCCAGAGGUCCUCAACAGGGCCCUUUCCAACUUGUCUUCAAGAUGGAAGAACUGGUGGGUGAGAGGCAUCCUGACUCUGGCCAUGAUUGCAUUUUUCUUCAUCAUCAUUUACCUGGGACCAAUGGUGUUAAUGAUGAUUGUGAUGUGUGUUCAGAUUAAGUGUUUCCAUGAAAUUAUCACUAUUGGCUAUAAUGUCUACCACUCCUAUGACCUGCCCUGGUUCAGGACCCUCAGUUGGUAAGCUGUACUUUCUCUGUGUGUAAACUAUUUCUUCUAUGGUGAGACAGUGACGGAUUACUUUUUCACUCUGGUCCAGAGAGAGGAGCCUUUGCGGAUUCUCAGUAAAUACCACCGGUUCAUUUCCUUUACUCUCUACCUAACAGGAUUCUGCAUGUUUGUACUGAGUCUGGUCAAGAAACAUUAUCGACUGCAGUUCUACAUGUUUGGCUGGACCCAUGUAACAUUACUGAUUGUUGUAACCCAGUCACAUCUUGUUAUCCACAACCUAUUUGAAGGAAUGAUCUGGUUUAUUGUUCCCAUUUCUUGUGUCAUCUGUAAUGACAUCAUGGCCUAUAUGUUUGGCUUUUUCUUUGGUCGGACCCCACUCAUCAAGCUCUCUCCAAAGAAGACCUGGGAAGGCUUCAUUGGGGGCUUCUUUGCCACUGUGGUGUUUGGCCUUUUGCUGUCCUAUGUGAUGUCUGGAUACAGAUGCUUCGUUUGUCCUGUGGAGUAUAACAAUGACACCAACAGCUUUACUGUGGACUGUGAGCCCUCUGACCUCUUCCGCCUGCAGGAGUACAACAUUCCUGGGGUGAUCCAGUCAGUCAUUGGCUGGAAAACAGUCCGGAUGUACCCCUUCCAGAUUCACAGCAUCGCCCUCUCCACAUUUGCCUCGCUCAUUGGUCCCUUUGGAGGGUUCUUCGCAAGUGGAUUUAAAAGAGCCUUUAAAAUCAAAGACUUUGCCAACACCAUUCCUGGCCAUGGAGGCAUCAUGGACCGCUUUGAUUGCCAGUAUCUGAUGGCCACCUUUGUCAAUGUGUACAUUGCCAGUUUUAUCAGGGGCCCUAACCCCAGCAAACUGAUCCAGCAGUUCCUCACCUUGCGGCCAGACCAGCAGCUCCACAUCUUCAACACACUCAAGUCUCACCUGACUGACAAGGGGAUUCUGACAGCCACCACUGAGGACGAGUAGGGGCCUCCAGGGCCAGUGGAGCAGGGACAGGACUGAGGGAGGGGCAGGGCUCCUAGGCAAGCCCAGUGGCUGUGACUUAGACAACAAGCUUCAACUCACCUUCUUCUUCUUCUUCUUUUUUUGGUAGGGUGUUUUUUAUUUGUGGGUUUAAAAAAAAAGUGUAUACAGUAUAUGUGUUCCUGAUUUGCAUUGUGAGUCAACUGUAGCUCUGAGUUGGAAAGAAGUCACAGAGGUAAAACUAUUUGGACUUUUUAAACAAUCAUUGAGCAGCCUUGUAAGAUGGAUGCCCAGCUCAGGAUGUCUGCCUGGUGGUUGGAGCCCGCAUCCAUUGUAUCAGAGUGGAUAGGCCUGUGUGUUCUACCUGUUCUGUGGCUUGCCCACCUGUGUGGAAUGCAGGGUUUCCAUGUAUUUGUUGCACCUGGCAGCUUUCCCCAGGGCUUCUCUGGGGAGCUAGGGAGGGCUGCCUCCUGUAGGCCAGAGGGAUGGAGGCUUGGGAAGCAGAUGCGUAUUGUCCACAUUGAAAUCCUGCACAGGGUGCGUAAGUUCUGCCUUCUUAGCAUGAUGUCAUCUUCUUUCAUCACAGACUGAAAGAAAGUUCCAGAUUUUAUUGUUUCCAGAAAGCACGAAGAAGUAUUUAUAAUAGUCUGGAGGAAAAGACACACUGUACUGUUUCAAAAGUAUGCAGUAGAAUGCACUGUACCCAAGCCCUUUCCCAUGAUUCAGGCUCCUCUGUCUCCUGGAGGGCGGGCCAGUGGACUGCAUCUUUCAGGGACGAGGCCGGAGGCCAUUCGCAUCCGUGCUGUAGACUUGCUGCUGCUGAAGCCUUCGUGGGGGGCUCUCCCAAGAGGCAAGGAGCAGGGGGCUUUUUGUUCACGCACCCUUUGCCUGAAUGUCCGUGCCGCUGCUGUUUGUGUAUUUUAAUCUUGAGGCGAGUAUGUGUCUGUAUGUUUUGUUUUUAAAGUCAUUUAUUUCUUACAGUGAAUGUCAGCGAUACCACGACUUCUCCACUGAAUCUACAAGUCCUGCUUAAGACUUUGGCCAAUCCAACCUUAGAAGAGGCUUGGUUAUUCUGAAAAUUAAAUGUAUGCUUUUUAUAUAAUGUGACUAGUUUAAAUGUAGUUUGUAUCUCACUGGGGGGACCUUUUAUGUUGUUUGUGUAAGCUGUGAUUUUUUUCCUUCCUCCCUAAUCAUAGGGGCGGUUGACUUGGGAACACAGAUUCGUUCUUUGUCUGGCCAGUGAGCAGCUGAGCAUGGGAGAGAGAACAUGGUGACCAAACAUGUUCAAUCUCCAUGCCACAGUUAUUUCCAUGGGCAGUGAAGGUGUAAAGACUUGAUUGAGCACCUUGGUCAAGCGCUUCUGUGUGCUGUUUUUGUUUUAAGUUAGCCUCCUUGAAAGCUCACCAUCAGCUCAGACUGAGGAAACCACCUCAGAGGGCAGAGCCUGGCAGGACUCCGGCUUUGCCACCCCUGUACCGUUGCCUGCAUGGGUGUGGCUUGCAGCAGCUUCUUUUCCUCUCAGCCCUUACUUCCAUUUCAGCCUCAUUGCUUUGCUUUUCAGGUUCAAGGCCCUUCAAACACAAUAUGUUAUUGCCAAAGGUUUCAGUUCAGCCUGGGGAGGAAGCCUCUUUUUCAGGGUCCCCAUUUUCUGGGUUGCCUUUUAAUUCCAGUAGUCCAUGAUCCUGCAGAGCAAAUUUCUGUGAGUUGGAGCUCCUUAGGGGGAUUGUCAUGUGGGGAACCCUAAAAGGAAAUGCUUUUUCAUAUGUCAUCUCUAAGAUGAGUCAGUGUCUCAGCAAGAAUCCUUAAACAGUGAUUAGCAGUGAGACUGUAAUUUCCUGACUAGAGAACAAACUUGGCUCGCCUACUUGACCCAGAUGGGCAUCUGCACCCCCAUGUGGUGUUAACUCCUUGAGAGCAAGUCUGCUGAGGUCCAGCAGCAGACCCUCCCAGUCCUGAACAGGACAGUGUUUAGGAUGGAAGAGUCUAGCAGUAGCAGCUGAGACUUGUGAUCUUUUGUGGAAGUGGCUAGCAGGGCAUCUUAGGAAAUAAAGCUGGAUGCUCAUUAGAGCUGCCAGCAAGAGGUCAGAGAGGCAGCUUUUAUUUUAUUUUUCUGAUCUGGAAUGCUUUCUGCCUGCCGAAGGAAGGAAUAAUUGCUAGUCAAGUAGACAGGAGAGCAGCACCACCUUGUGUCUGUAUAGUAGUGUUGCUCCCAUGUGCAGACCAGAUCCCAUGUGCCCAUGCAGACCUGAGUAAUCUGCAUAACUUCCUUUAGGGAACCCCCUUUCCUCUUUUUCUAUCGGUCAGAAAUAAAAUAUGACUGAAACCUUGU